AGACUAAUCUGGCGUAAUGCCUUGUGGUGGCGCAAUAUUAUAUUUUUAGAUAGAUCGACAACAAUUCAGUUAUCGAGGUCAAGGUUCGGCGUUUGCAACUCUCGUAGCUGCCAUUGUGUUCGUGCCGUCUUCCAGUCUUUGUCGUUCGCAUAGAAAGAAAAAGAUAGAUCUUCCAUAUUCUUUUGUUUGGCGCAGUUAUUGCUGCUUCUACCCCUGUGAUUAGUUAUAAACUACGGCAGUGUUACAUCUUAUUGAAAAUAUGGCGACUACAUCAAAGUCUGAUGGGACUCCAGUAAGAGGGAUAUUAAAAACUUCAAAAUCAAAUCAUGAUCAAAUUGACCUUAAAAGCAAAGAUGCUGCAAGAUUUGAUGAAAUGAAUAUACUUGCUACAUAUCAUCCUCCAGACAAGGAUUAUGGUCAUAUGAAAAUUGACGAACCAAAAACUCCUUAUCGACAUGACAGGGAUGAUGUUGAACCAGAAGCAGUUGAUCCUGAUGAGCUAGCGAGAAGGUUAGCGUCAUCUGAAGAAUCUCACCAUCACCAUCAUAGAGCUCGAACAGUAAGCAGUGGUGAUGAGGAUGAAGAUAAAUUUAUGUCACCACAAGCUAAACAGAAGAAAGAUAAAUUUGAAGCUGCUCGUAAGAAACAUUACAAUAUGAAAGAAGAAAUGAAAAAAGCAAGAGAACUUUUAGCAAAAGAAAUGGCAGAGGACGAUGAUGACUGAUUACUUAUAACGUUAAUAAAACGAAACGAUGCAAUUUUCAAGUUCAAGGUGCAUGGCCUAUUUAUGUAGGAUUUUAUGCUGCCAGGUCAUUUAUACACUUAUAGUUCCAUUUGCUCAUCAGCCUGAAGUAUUUAAGCUGCCACAUAUCAUAACUUGUAUACUUCCAGGUCUAUUAAGAAAUUGCUCUCGACGAGUUCCAGUAAUAUAUUUAAAAUCCUAAAUGACAGGUUUGAUUUGAUUUCCGAUGAAAGCAAUAAACAUCACUUUCCUAUGGUGAAAUUAUCUUGAAUAAAUUUUCAGUUUGGUAUUAUAGUAUGAAUAAUUGAUAUAAAUUUCUUGGAACCUGAAUUUUUAAUCUCAUGAUAAAAAACGAAUGAAUACAAAUCAAAUCCAAUUUGAGGAUCGAUUCCUCUUAUUGCAGUUUUCUUGUCGUAAACAGUUUUAUUUUCCUGAAGUCAUAGAAGAACUUAGCUGUUGAAACUUAAAUUUCAUCUUAAUUCAUGCGAGUAACAAUCAGAUCAUCAAUAAUUCACAGUGUUUGCAAAUGCAUUUACAUAUUAUCUUGCUUGUAUUACACCCAUGCUUGAAUAUAAGGGAUACAAACUGUCAAAAUAAUUGGGUAAUUGAUUGUAAUUGUUUAAAUAAUUAGAUAGGCUUUGAAUGAAAAGUUUUUCUGGUCUUUUCAGCUUUUUCAUACUUACGCUUAUUUAAUAAAAAACUUCAUGUUUGGUCAUGCUUUAUUUUGCAAAAUUGGAUAAUUUACAUAGCUAUAUAUAUUCUCUUAUUUGUCGAUGGAGAUUGAAGAAAUUGGAUUAUGGUUCAGAAAUCAAUUUUGUAUGCUGUGAUGAAACCGGGUAACUCGCUUACAGGGCAAUAACAAUCAAUAUUGCCCUUUGCUAUAACUCUGAUUCUGUUAUAUUAGCAUCUCAGCAAUAUUUUGAUGCCUUAUCGUACUUUUUGUUAUUUAAUUAUUAUUAUAUUGAAUUUAUGUUUGCUUUGGUUAGUCUUUCAAUGGACUAGUGGAAAGUUUUAACAUUCAACUGUGUCAUAUUUUUGAGCUUGAAAUCGACUAUUUGCUGCCAAAAUGUUUCACAUAUUCAUUUUUAUCGUGAUAGUUCAUUAAUUCAUUUGAAUCUGUACUAUUCUGAUGUGGUUUUCAAUCCCCUAUAAACGUCUAACUAAAUUAGUUUCAAAUAAGCAUAAUCGUAUUGGAUAAAAAUGUCUAUAUUUGGCAUUAUUUCGUUUUGCUACUCAUUCACAGCCGUUUUCUUUCUUCAAUCACUCAAGAACCCUCUUCAAAACUAGGUGC